UUCGGAGGCGUGACCGCCCGCGCCGUUUAUCCGCGAACUACCCUUGGCAUUGGGCUGAAGCUCCACUCGCUGCGUGCGACCACGAGAACAUCGCCAGUCAUCGCUCGCAUACCGUGGCAUAGAGACUCGCCGGACUACGGCGUUUGUUUGACAGUGAUUGGCCUCACUUGAUUCAUUGCGCCCGUCGCGCACGUGCGCCGUCGGCAUCUCCGAGCUUCUCGUCAACCUGCAUACGGCACAGUCGCCACAGGUUCCCAAAACAUUUCCCCGUCGCGACAACGACUCCAUCUCGCUGGAUCCAUCAUACCAGGCACUUACACCCUCGUCGCUCACCGACGCCAUCACCGUUCUUUCCCCGUAACCUCCCGUCCCUACAUUCGGCGCAGCCAUGCCUACCCCCUCCUCUGACGCGCCGCCCUCCGGCUCGCCGCGCUUCUUCACCUUUUCCUCUUGCCCCGACCCCGAAGACACACCCCCGGUGGGCACACCAUCGCAGCCCGCGCGCGUCGAACCUGCAGCCUCGCCCGAGUCGCAUUCAUCACCAAGCUGGCGCCGCCCGCUCUCACCGCCCGCCUACUCGACCGAAGCGGCCGCACGGACAGGCGACCUGGCGGGCGUGGUGACGAACACCUCCGAUUCGCGAUCGGCUACUCUGUCACCGGGACCACGAGCCGAGGGCGACGGCGACGGCCGGGCGGGGCGUGAUGUGGAUAUGGAGCCGGAGCAGGAGUCGGAUGGGGUGCUACUCAUGCGACGAGGCGCCGACAACGGGGACAGGCACAAGCCGGCGGACCUGGACAAGGAGAUGAGUCCCGCGGGUGAGGAAUCCGGGGGCGGCAGCCCUGUGGGUGGGAGGGGACAGGAGGUGACCAAGACAAGGCGAGGCGGCUCGCCGGGCAGGAGGAAAUCGAGAACGAAGGAGCCCUUCUCGCCGGCCGCGGGGGAAAUCCACGACGUCGAUGCGUGGGGCCCGGUGGUCGGCGCGGGGCCGCGGUGGGUUGAGGACAGUGGGUUGGUCGGGCUGGGGCUGGAGUACUCGCAUAUGAGGGUCAUACCAAUGCCGACGUCGGUGUAUCUGCAGCCGGGGAGUCGGUUCGUGGGAGCACAGCAGUCGGAGCGGCAGCGGUACAACGUCGAGGUGGAGAUCAAAUAUGUCGACAUGCGGGAUUCCUUCCUGUGUGGCUACCUCAAGAUUCAAGGCCUGACCCACGAACAUCCGACCCUAACAACGUACUUCGAGGGCGAGAUAAUCGGCACAAAAUACGGCUUCAUGACGCGGGAGCAGGAGUGGGGAGCGACCGAGAAAAUCGAUCUGUCGCAUUGGUCCAAGUUCCCCGCCUUCCGGCCGUAUCUCAAGCAGGCGCGCAAGGGCGUCCAGACCAUCAUCAAGGACGUGGAACAGCGAGAGCACAUAUUCAUGAGGUGGAAGGAGCUCUUCCUCGUCCCCGACCACCGGGUUACCACGCUCAACGGCGCGAGCUUCGAGGGCUUCUACUACAUUUGUUUCAACCAGUUGCGCGGCGAGGUGAGCGGCAUCUACUUCCACAACAAGAGCGAGAAGUUUCAACAGCUAGAGUUGAAGUACGUUGAGGAGGGCAACCUCGUUGGCGCUUUGGAAUUCAGAUAAAUGUUGCGC